AUGCCGACAAAACGAAAUGGUCAAGAUUACAUUUUGCUAGAAUGUGUUACAAUCAAUGGUAUUACGACCAUCUUGAAGUUGCAGCCUCACUUGAACAGGAGUACACCUUGGGCGGAGGAAAAAGUGAUUAAAAGAAUUAACAAAAGUGCAACAUGGACAACACACACUAAUAUAAGCAUCGUGUUUGAAGUAAGAGAUGGCCAUAAGAAUGGUGUUGUUGAUCUACUACAACAGACUUGUAGUUGUAGGCAAUGGAGACUGUAUGGUUUACCAUGUGGUCAUGUGAUAGCAGUUUGCAGGAGGACUGGAUUGACGAAAACGAAUUUUUGGGCGACAAAAUACUACACGACGCAAAUUUAUCGAGCUACAUACUUGGAGGUACUAAAUCCUGUUAAUCCUUGUGCGGCAUGGGAAUAUCUCACUGAACAUAUGACCUUGAAACCACCUCUUGUGGAUAAAAAAUGA